UCUCAAACUAUAUUGCACGACUGAGCUUCCUUGAGUAUCAUUUUUAUAUGUUUUGUACGUUAAAAAAAUUGUGACAAUAACUAAAUAAAAGGAUGGGUAUAUGCCUAAUGUCUCUUAUAAGAAAGAGGCAAGUGCAAGUGUAUUGCAUGUGGAUUUCUAUUGUUUAAGGGAUUUAACCAUCUUUCUUCUAAAUUUAACCAAAAACAUAAAAACUGUUAUGUCAUCGUAAAGGAUUUCAAACCGAGAAAAGGGGUUGCACAUUGCAUGUUAUAACAAUUAUUCUUGACUUCGAUCCCUUUUUCCCUUCUCUUCUUCCUCUCCUAAAACCCUAAUUAAUCUUGGUACAUGGAACAAGAUGUAUGAAAUGUAAAUAGAUAAUUUACAUGUAAUAUUGCAUGGAAAGGUAAAGAAAAGAAAAGGAAAAGGAGAUAAAAAGAAAAGGGAAAAUGAAGGGCCUAUUCAAGUCGAAGCCACGGACACCGAUUGAGCUUGUGCAGCAAACGAGAGAGCUUCUCAUCUUUGUUGAUAAAAACACAGAAACUCGUGAGCGCAAGCGGGAAGAAAAGAUGUCAGAGCUGAGUAAAUCAAUUUUGGAAAUGAGGACUGUUCUUUUUGGAAAUGGCCAAACUGAACCAAGUCCAGAAGCUUGUGCCCAACUUGCACAAGAGUUCUUCAGAGAGGAUACAUUUCGCCUUCUCAUUAUUUGUCUCCCGAAACUCGAAUUGGGGGCACGUCAAAAUGCUACUCAUGUGAUAGCAAAUUUGCAAAGACAACGUGUUAAGGGGCGGUUAGUUGCACCUGAUUACCUGGAAGAAAAUUUGGACCUUAUGGAUAUUUUGUUACCUGGCUAUCUAGAUGAUGAGAUUGCUCUAACUUAUGGUGCAAUUUCAAGGGAGUGCAUUCGUCAUCAGACUGUGGCUAGGUACGUUUUGGAAUCCGAGCACAUGAAGAAAUGUUUUAAUCAUAUACAGAUUCCCAAUUUUGAUAUAGCAUCAGAUGCUCAAGCAACUUUUAAAGAACUUUUGACAAGGCAUAAAUCUACUGUAGCUGAAUUUCUUUCUCUAAAUUAUGAGUGGUUUUUUGAAGAAUACAAUACACAAUUGCUGCAAUCUUCGAACUAUAUAACCAGACGUCAUGCUGUCAAGUUGUUGGGUGAUGUAUUACUUGAACGCUCAAAUUCUAAUGUGAUGAUUCGCUAUGUGAGCUCAUUGGAUAACAUGAGAAUUCUGAUGAAUCUUUUCAGGGACUCCAACAAAACAAUACAGUUGGAAACCUUUCAUGUCUUUAAGUUAUUUGUUGCAAAUCAAAGUAAACCUCCUGAGAUCAUCAGUGUACUUGUCACAAAUAGGAGCAAGCUUCUCAGGUUCUUAGGCGACUUCAACAUUGACAAGGACGAUGACCAAUUUCAAUUGGACAAAGUUCAAGUCAUGAAAGAAAUUGCCACUCUUGAAAUUGGAGAUCGUUCAUGCGUGGAUUCAGAGGAGUGUGAGGUCGAAUCUUAAAAAUACUACUCAGCAUCUAAUUUUUAUUUACACAUUGCCUUUGCUAUAAUAUCACAUCAGAAACUGUAGAGGAAACAUGCCUGUCUCUGUACCACCAAUCUGUUGAUUUCUGUAUAGAUACUAACAUCUUCAAAUCUUCUUUUCCAUUUUCACCUCGUUUAA